AUUGACGCAGAAAGAAGCAAGAAGGACGCUAAUAAGUCAGUCUUAUUAUUUGUUCUCCAGUUUGUAAUAUUUACGUCGUAUAAAAUACAUCUUUGAUUCUUUAUUCAAGGAUAAAAUGGUCUCGAUGCGCUAGAAGCACUUUGCUGCUUCUCGUGCUCAUUUAUUGUUAGUUAGCUUAGCUCGCUAGUUAGCUUAGCUUGUUAGCUGCUAACAGAAGUUAUCAACACAUCGCUAAGUAGAGAUCAAGUGUGAGAGUAAAGUGUUGUGAUUGUGUGAAAAUGUCUACAUUACACAUGUUGAGAGCGUUGGUGGAUCAGCGACUAACUGCUGCCGUUGAAGAAAUAUUUGUAGUGUUAGAAAGAACGAUAGCAGAAUACGAGGCGGAACUUUCUAGAACAAAAGAGGAGAACUAUCAACUACUGGACGCUGUUUUCAAGAAACAUCAAGUUGUGCUACACAGAACAGAUGUCCAGCAGCCCCCCCACAUUAUAGAGGAAGAGGAGGAUCCACAGACCACCCAAAUUAAAGAGGAAGAGGCGGAUCCACAGCCCACCCACAUGAAAGAGGAAGAGGAGGAUCCACAGCCUACCCACAUGAAAGAGAAAGAAGAGGAUCCACAGCCCACCCACAUGAAAGAGGAAGAAGAUGAUCCACAGCCCACGCACAUUAAAGAGGAAGAGGAGGAUCCACAGCCCACCUACAUGAAAGAGGAAGAGGAGGAUCCACACAUGAAAGAGGAAGAGGAGAAUCCCCACAUGAAAGAGGAAGAGGAGGAUCCACACAUGAAAGAGGAAGAGGAGGGAGAGUGUGUUGUAGGGCAGGAGGAGGAUGAUGUCAGCAAGUUUCCACUGACUGUUGUCUCUGUGAAGACUGAAGAGCAUGAAGACAAAGCACCUGAGUCCUCACAGCUUCAUCACAGUCCAAACAUCCAUCAGCUGAUUGGACACCAAGACAAAUGUCUCCCUCAUCUGCAGGGGGACAGUUUCACUUCAGAGGAUCCACAGCCCUCACACAUGAAAGAGGAAGAGGAGGGAGAGUGUGUUGUAGGGCAGGAGGAGGAUGAUGUCAGCAAGUUUCCACUGACUGUUGUCUCUGUGAAGACUGAAGAGCAUGAAGACAAAGCACCUGAGUCCUCACAGCUUCAUCACAGUCCAAACGCUCAACAGCCCCUUCACAUUAAAGAGGAAGAUGAUGAUCCACAGCCCACCCACAUUAAAGAGGAAGAGGAGGAUCCACACAUGAAAGAGGAAGAGGAGGAUCCACACAUGAAAGAGGAAGAGGAGGGAGAGUGUGUUGUAGAGCAGGAGGAGGAUGAUGUCAGCAAGUUUCCACUGACUGUUGUCUCUGUGAAGACUGAAGAGCAUGAAGACAAAGCACCUGAGUCCUCACAGCUUCAUCACAGUCCAAACUUCUGUGAAGAACAACUUCUGCCUGAAAAACAGGAGAGUAGCUCCAGGAUGUUGAAGGAGGAUCCACCAAAGAGGAAGACCAGGCACCACGGACCCUCUGGCGUCUCCUUUUCCUCUUUGACACAGACCCUUCCCUGUAAAAAGGAAGAGGAAGACUCACUGACCCCCCACAUUAAAGAGGAAGAGGAGGAACACAGCGUUAGUCAGGAAGGAGAUCAUAUUGAAGGACUGGUGGAGUUCCCAGUGACUGGUGUCCCUGUGAAGAGUGAAGAUGAUGAGGUCAAAGGUGAGAGAGAGGCGGAGCCUCCAAGCAGCAGCUCAACACAACACAUGACAACAGAAGCUGAUGGAGACCACUGUGGAGGAUCACAAGCAGACAAGCUCUUAGCUCCACUAUCAGAUAGUGAGGACACAACGUCACACUCUCCUGACACUGAUGAUGAACACUCUAAAGAUGAUGCAACAUGUCACACUGACAACACUCACUUCACAUGUUCUCACUGUCACAAAACCUUUAAUGUUCGUCGCAAUAUGAAAAGACACAUGAGAACACACACUGGUGAAAAACCCUUUUCCUGUUUAACCUGUGGUAAAGGUUUUACACAUAAUCAAUAUUUGAAAGUACACAUGAGAGCACACACUGGUGAAAAACCUUUUAUCUGUUCAUUCUGUGGUAAAGGUUUUACACAAAGUCAAUAUUUGAAAGUACACAUGAGAGCACACACUGGUGAAAAACCUUUUUCUUGUUCAUUCUGUGGUAAAGGUUUUACACAAAGGCGAUCUUUGAAAAUACACAUGAGAACACACACUGGUGAAAAACCUUUUUCUUGUUCAAUCUGUGGUAAAGGUUUUACUAAAAGGCAAUCUUUGAAAAUACACAUGAGAACACACACUGGUGAAAAACCCUUUUCCUGUUUAACCUGUGGUAAAGGUUUUACACAUAAUCAAUAUUUGAAAGUACACAUGAGAGCACACACUAGUGAAAAACCUUUUAUCUGUUCAAUCUGCAGUAAAGGUUUUACACAAAGUCAAUAUUUGAAAGGACACAUGAGAACACACACUGGUGAAAAACCUUUUUUCUGUUCAACUUGUGGUAAAGAGUUUACACGAAGUCAGAGUGUGAAAAUGCACAUGAGAACACACACUGGUGAAAAACCUUUUUCUUGUUCAAUCUGUGGUAAAGGUUUUACACAGAGUCAGAAUUUGAAAGGACACAUGAGAAGACACCCAGGAGAGAAAGUGUUGAGUUGCAGUGUGUGUGGUGAAAGAUUGUCUUCUAAGUACCAGUGUAAGAAACACAAGUGUGCUGGUGAGAACAGCAGCAGCAAAUGAAACUGCAGGAUUUGAAAUCAACUGUCAAGACUUUAAUGUUGACUUUCUAACAACAUCAGCACAUAUAACAUGUGUGACAUUGUUGUUUGUGUAACUAUCUUUUUAAUAUGCUUCUACAUUAAUAGAUUAGAUAGUUUGAAAUAUGGAAGUAUUCCAUAUUUGUAUUUCUAAUUGUUAAUGAGUCCAUAGAUGAUCACCUUUAUAUGAUAUACAUAUGUACUGGUUCACAUGUGAAACAUCUUCUGGACCACUUCAGGAAGCAUAUUAUUAUUUACUUUAUACAUCAUUUGAACACUUGUCUUUUAUACCAUUUUAAAAUGUGUGACUUUAUGAAUUAUUUGUUGGGUCUCUAUAAUCCAUUUUAUUAAUGAUCUUUAUUACUCUCUUUUGUAAUAUGAUGAUUGUUUUAUAUGUAUGUCCCCAGACCUUUAUGCAAUAUAAAAGUGAGAGAAAAAGGCUGAAUUGUUUGUGGAAGGAUGUUUAUUUUGUAUUUU